ACGGCAUUCUGGGAUUACUGGGUCUCCCCAAACUAUCAUGGCGUCCUGUGAAGAUGGCGACUACCAUUAAACAGGCGUUGCUGGAUUUCCUAACUAUUUAAAUUAAAGGAAUUGGAGACGUAGAGCAAGUGUUAUUGCCAGUUGAGAUGAACGAUUACAAAAAAGUUGCAUAGUGAGAGACGAGGGCCAGGAGAACAGUGCUAGUGGCCAGAGGUUUUCAGGCCAUCACUCACCCCCCACACAGAGCUGAUAAAAUGGAGUGUGCAAUGGACACUCGGCAAGAGUUUCACCAGCAACUGGAAACAGACACCCAUGCCCAGACAUGCUCAACUUUGGUGAAUAGUGGGGACGAGGCAGCAGAGAGUGAACACACUCUAGAGGAAACGUCUGCAAAAGAAGGAAGUGAGAUGCUGCACAAGAAGAACAAGAAGCACAAAAAACACAAGGGCAAAAAGAAGAAGAAGAAACGUGGCAAGGGAGAGCGGGAGACCAGCUCGGAGUCGGUCCCAGAGUCCGACGUAGAGAAGCCACUAGUCAGAACCAGAGCAGGACUUCGCCGUCAGCCAGAGCAGGGCAUCUGGCUCACACCCGGAAGGCAGCGCAGUUCCAAAACGAAUGCAAUUACUUUUCACCCUGCGCAUACUCCUCCCACCAGAGCAACAUGGGCCAAUUUGAGGAGUGCUGGCCUUGUGGCUUCUGAUGAAGCAGCAGGCACAAAAGAUGAGGCAACAAAGGGCUUGAUCACAGCAGAUAAACCUGAAGUAUGUGAUGCUAAAGCCAGAAAACACAAAAGACAUUUUGGGAAAAAGAAGAAAAAGAGGAGGAGAAAAGGGGAAGAGAAACAGGAGAAGAACUCACCUUUACACUCCCCAUCAGAGAGCGAAUCUAUGUCAGGGUCAGAUUCUGAGUCUGAGGAGAAGCCAGCUGGCACGGAUGUGCAAGCAGUUCCCAUCCUGUCUAAGGCCAGACAAGAGGAAAGGGUGUCCUCCCUACGCCUAACUCUCGGCCAAAAAGAGGGAUCUCUGAAAAUGUGUCAAACCUUGGAUGAGCAGUCUGCGGAUGCACGAGGAAAGACAGAAGAGAAGGCGCCCCCUGCUGACAGGGAGGAACAGACCGUCUCCGUCAUAAAGGCAGAAGAUUCACGGAGCGACAGGUGCUUCAGUCACUCCCAGGAGCUUCCGGACAUCAUCCCCAAGCAAGGCGGCCAGAGAGAGGAGACAAACACAGGGCAGAGGUCAAAGGUGAAUAACCAUGCUCCCUCACGGUCAAGGUCACAGUCACUGACGGACACUAAAAGAGCCAGAUCGAGUGUUAGUCAUUCGACAAGCUCCAAGCGGUCCAGAUCAAGCCGCAGUCGUUCACAAAGCCCCAAGCAAUUGUCUGGUCUGCUUGUGUCUAGCAGGGGCAGGUCUCGAUCCUUCUCAAAGAGCAUGACUCCCAAGAGGAAGCAGUCCAAGUCCCUUAAAAGUACAGGACGUAAGUCCCAUUCUCUGACUCCUAAGAGAGGACGCAAGUCCCCCUCUCUGUCCCCCAGCAGAGGACGCAAGUCCCCUUCUCUGUCCCCCAGCAGAGAACGCAAGUCCCCUUCUCUGUCCCCCAGGAGAGGACGCAAGUCCCCUUCUCUGUCCCCCAGGAGAGGACGCAAGUCCCCUUCUCUGUCCCCCAGCAGAGGACGCAAGUCCCCUUCUCUGUCCCCCAGCAGAGAACGCAAGUCCCCUUCUCUGUCCCCCAGGAGAGGACGCAAGUCCCCUUCUCUGUCCCCCAGGAGAGGACGCAAGUCCCCUUCUCUGUCCCCCAGGAGAGGACGCAAGUCCCCUUCUCUGUCCCCCAGGAGAGGACGCAAGUCCCCUUCUCUGUCCCCCAGGAGAGGACGCAAGUCCCCUUCUCUGUCCCCCAGGAGAGGACGCAAGUCCCCUUCUCUGUCCCCCAGGAGAGGACGCAAGUCCCCUUCUCUGUCCCCCAGGAGAGGACGCAAGUCGUCUCCUCUGUCCCCCAGGAGAGGACGCAAGUCGUCUCCUCUGUCCCCCAGGAGAGGACGCAAGUCCCCUUCUCUGUCCCCCAGGAGAGGACGCAAGUCCCCUUCUCUGUCCCCCAGGAGAGGACGCAAGUCGUCUCCUCUGUCCCCCAGGAGAGGACGCAAGUCGUCUCCUCUGUCCCCCAGGAGAGGACGCAAGUCGUCUCCUCUGUCCCCCAGGAGAGGACGCAAGUCGUCUCCUCUGUCCCCCAGGAGAGGACGCAAGUCGUCUCCUCUGUCUCCCAGGAGAGGACGCAAGUCGUCUCCUCUGUCCCCCAGGAGAGGACGCAAGUCGUCUCCUCUGUCCCCCAGGAGAGGACGCAAGUCGUCUCCUCUGUCCCCCAGGAGGGGACGCAAGUCGUCUCCUCUGUCACCCAGGAGGGGACGCAAGUCGUCUCCUCUGUCCCCCAGGAGGGGACGCAAGUCGUCUCCUCUGUCCCCCAGGAGAGGACGCAAGUCCCCCAAGAGAGGACGCAAGUCGUCUCCUCUGUCCCCCAGGAGGGGACGCAAGUCGUCUCCUCUGUCCCCCAGGAGGGGACGCAAACUGUCUCCGUCUCCAAGACGAGGGCGGCGGUCUGAGUCCAGGCCUCGUGGUCGUGUCAGGAGGUCGAGGACCAGAACCCCUCCCCCUCGUCGUGGUAGACCCUCGAGGUCCCGCUCGCCUGUGAGGCUGACUCGCCGCUCACGUUCCAAAUCUAGACGGCUCCGUCAUUCCCGGUCCCUGAGAAGAGGCCGGCGCUCCAAAAGCAGCUCCCCGUCUCACAGGAAGAGGUCCCCCCCCAGGACACGACGGUCCCGGUCUCUGGUCAGGAAAGGCAAGCGUACUCGGUCCCGCUCUGUCGUGAUCCUGAAGAGGAACAGGAAAGGCUCACUGUCCAAAUCCCCAACAGGCAAGAACACCAAGUCCCGCUCCAGGAGCUGCAGGAAAUCCAGUUCACCAGUACUGAAAGUACUUUCUAGAUCACCAAAGCGGAGCAGUACAAAGUCCAGAUCCCCAAUACGCAGUAAACCAUCAAGAUCACCAUCCCCAUGUAACAGGUCUUGUACUCUUAAAUCCAAAUCGCUGAAAAGAAACAAGUGUUCACUGUCAAAAUCGCCCAAAAGAGACAUAUCGAAAUCUAGGUCUGUCUUAAGCGAUAGGAAAUCUGAGAGCGUAUCCCCAGAACGCUCAAGAUCCAGGUCUACUGACCUGAAGUCUCUGAAAUCAGUCAAACAUACUGCAGACAAGACUGUGAAUGAUGAACCACCUACCAAGCCUGUUGGGGAGGCUGUAGCAACAGCUGCAACAGGGCCCUGGAAGCCCCUCCCUUGGGCUGCACCCUCCAGUUCUAUCAUACAGGGCAAGCCAGUGGCUGGGCAGGCUGACGAGAGCAGCUCUGAGAUUCCAUCUGAAGACCACGACUCCGCAGCAGAAGAGCCAAAGGGAGCAAAAAGCCCAACAGGCUCCUCUGAAGAAGAGCCAGAUGAGCAUGCUAUCUCCAGGUCUGUGUCACCAGAGACCGUUUGUGCUGAUCGUCGCUACAGGGCAUCAUCUUCUAAAUCCUCCAUCAAGAAGGCAUCAUCCUCGAAACAACGUCAGUCCUCAAAAUCAGCAUCACCUGCCAGGAAGUCCCACUCACCUGCCGGCAGAAAGACGUCCACCUCUCCCUCACGGAGGUGCUCCCGGUCUAAGUCUACCUCUCCCUCUCAGUCCAAGUCUACCUCCAGAAGGAGGCGUUCCAAGUCCCCAUCCAGGAAAAGGAAGUCUGUCUCCCCGCCUGCCAGACGGAAGAAGAGGUCCAAGUCCAGAAGUCCUGUCUGGCGCAGGAGAUCACGCUCUAAGUCACCGGCACGGCGCAGGAAGUCACAUUCCAAGUCCAGGACCAAGCACUCAAAGUCCCGCUCCCCGGCCAGAAGGAAGAGGUCCAAAUCCACAGACAGGCGCAAACGCCUCAAGUCUCGUUCUCCAGGCCGGAGGAGAAGGUCCGUGUCGCGACGGCGCCGGCCCAUCAUGCGAAAUCGCUCAUUUGACCGCCGCGACCGAUGGAAACGGGAACCAAGCCAUUCACCCAUCCUCAUCCUCCGCAAGCGCCGGUCCACAUCUCGAACCCGCCGCAGUGCAAGCAAGACCCCUCCUCGUCUCACUGAGCUGGACAAAGACCAGCUACUGGAGAUAGCGAAGGCCAAUGCAGCAGCCAUGUGUGCUAAAGCAGGUGUGCCCAUUCCAGAGAGUCUGAGACCCAAGGCCAUCCUCCAGCUUCCCCUGCCCAACCCAGCCCCAACCCCUCUGAAUCUGCCUCUUCCCCUGCCCUUGCCUCUCAACAUGCCCGGCAUGGGAAUGCCCAACAUGAACAUGCCCAACAUGAACAUGCCCAACAUGAACAUGCCCAACAUGAACAUGUCCAAUAUGGCCAUGAGUGCUGCCAUGGCCAGUAUGAAAGCUGCCACCAUGACUGCAGCCCUCACCAACAUGGCUCAGAUGUCAAACAUGCCCCAGAUGGCUCCCCUCCCAACCAUCACCAACAAGCCCCCUCCUAGCCAGGCUCCCCAAACAACUCUUCCCCCCCUCAACCUGGACCACAUAGAGGAGGUGAAGAGGAAGGUGACUCAGCAGGCCAACAUCUACAGCAUCAAGGAGCUCACUGAGAAAUGUAAGAUGAUAGCAGCAAGUAAAGAGGAGAUGGCCAUAGCGAAACCGCAUGUGUCUGAUGACGAGGAUGAGGACAGAAAGCCCUGUGGCAAGAGCUUAAGUUAACUUUCUUUGGGGCGCAUCAGAGGUACUCCCCAUGGAUACCAUCACCAGGUGUCAAGGUUGUUGUGGUUAUAGAGCAGGAACCUCAUCAGAUAUUGCCAGCCCUUGUUCUCUGGACAAUCAUUCCCUCCCCAACCCCUCCCAUCAGUACUCUAGCUGUCUGGGGAAGUGUUUGAAACGUCAGUGAUCCUGUGUCCCAUUGGACAGACUGGCCUGAGUGUUCUUGUGUGUCAUUGGAUGGAUUGCAGUGUGUACAGUGUGGUUAUCCCUAGCUUCUACACGUUGCUCAGACAGAGCUCUCUGGACAAUGACUGAAGCAAAAUGAUAUAGGAACAUAUUUUCAAUGUUUUGUCAACCCUUUCUAAUGUUAAACUUCUGUUCCUUUUUUAUUGUGUUCAGUAAUAAUAUUUCCACCUCAUGGUUCCUUUAGUGACAUUUUAACCUGUAAUUAAGUGAACUGCUCGGUCUGCCCUCAGCACGCACGGGCACACAAAUACACACAUCAGUAAUAUGAUGGUCAGGUGUGUCUUUAGUGACGGGCAGACGACCAGGUCUCUCCAUUGAGAAGACAAACUUAUCAGGUCUUUGUAGGAUCCACUCUAAAUGUUUUCACUUCUCUACAUAUUAACUGAUGUAAUCUUUAGCUAUUUUAAUAACAAAUGCGUUUUAGGAUUUCCUUGAUCAGUAGUAGAAUAUUAUUUGGCUGACUUUGUACAUAAUAUGUUGAUUAUUAAAGGAAACCAGAAAAUCA